AAUCAAGCUCAACACUCAAGCCCAUGCGGCUCAAGACACAAGAAGCACACUGACUCGGCUCCAUCAACAAAUCACAGGUAAAAAAAUUAGCUCAGAUAAAAUAACCUACAAAAAGCUGACGACGACGACCGGGAGGAAGGGGUCAGAAAGAAAGAGAGAGGGUGUGUAGCGGCGGGACGUUUCGGUUGACGAGUCUUCGGUGUUUGUCUGAUGGUGGUUUGCUACUAGUUGGAAUUGGAAAGGUUGACCCUUGACGUGAUGGCAGAAACAGAAGAAGGUCAGCAAGAACAGGGGACCGGGGAUGAAACAUCCAGACAAGAACUCUCUAAUACAACAAAAGACUUGGCAAACGAAUCCUUCAAAAAGGGUGACUAUUACACUGCCAUCGAACUUUAUUCAAAAGCUAUCGACGCCUUUCCCACCGCUGUAUUGUACGCGAACCGGUCCAUCUCUUAUCUACGAACGGAAUGUGUUGGGUACGCCUUGACCGACGCCACAAAAGCGAUUGAACUGGAUAGAAAUUAUGUCAAGGGCUAUUAUCGACGAGCGGCGGCAUACAUGUCUCUGGGAAAGUUUAAGCAGGCUCUGAAGGAUUUUGAAGCCGUUGUCACCGCCCGUCCAAAUGACAAGGAUGCACAGCAUAAAUUUUCCGAGUGUGGUAAAAUAGUAAGGAAAAUUGCCUUUGAAAAGGCCAUCGCAGUGGAUGAAAACAAAAAGUGUGUCGCAGAGUCGGUCGACAUUGAGGCAAUUGCGGUAGAAAGGGAUUAUAGUGGCCCAAGGUUGGAGAAUGGUGACAUAGUGACCUUACAAUUUGUUAAGGACCUCAUGGAAUGGUACAAAAGUCAAAAAACCUUGCAUCGAAAGUAUGCGUACAAAAUACUCCUCGAGAUCAAAACAUAUUUAGAAAAGCAGCCCAGUCUGAUUGAAGUCACGAUACCAGACGAUAAAGAGUUCACUGUUUGUGGUGACAUUCAUGGACAGUUCUACGAUCUGAUUAAUAUUUUCACCAUUAAUGGACUUCCUUCCGAAUCCAACCCUUAUCUAUUUAAUGGGGAUUUUGUCGAUCGUGGUAGUUUCUCAGUGGAGUGCAUAAUGGUUUUGUUUAGCUUCAAGUUGCUAUACCCAAACAGCUUCUAUCUCUCUAGAGGAAAUCACGAGACGAUCAACAUGAAUCAAAUGUAUGGGUUCGACGGAGAGGUCAAAGCAAAGUACAACGCCCAGAUGGCAGAAUUUUUUACUGAAGUCUAUAAUUGGCUUCCACUCUGUCAUUGUCUCAAUAAUAGAGUUCUCGUGAUGCACGGCGGCCUAUUCAGCACAAAAGACGUCACAUUAGACGAUCUUCGAUGCAUUGAUCGUAAUAGACAACCACCUGAAGAAGGCCUAAUGUGCGAACUUUUAUGGAGUGAUCCACAACCUCAGAACGGUUACUCACCGUCGAAACGCGGCGUAGGAAUUCAAUUUGGUCCCGAUGUGACCGAUGCCUUUUUGCGAAAAAAUAAAUUAGAUUAUGUUAUCCGAAGUCACGAAGUGAAACCGGAAGGGUAUGAGAUUGCCCAUGAUGGCAAGUGCAUCACGGUUUUCUCAGCACCCAAUUACUGUGAUACAAUAGGGAACAAAGGGGCUUUCAUAAGGCUAAAAGGAGAUCAAAUGGUCCCAAAAUUUACCACAUACGAGGCAGUGCCACAUCCUGACAUUCGCCCCAUGGCCUACGCCAAUUCUAUUCUUUCCAUGUUGUGCUAGUAUCGAGCUGAGUGAGCUCCUUGUUAAAUAAAUUAGUUAUUAUUCUUGGUUUAUCAUUAAUCUUAACUAUUAUUAUUACACAAUUAUCUUAAUAAUUAUCAAGAAAGGGAGUAUUAUCGUAUGUUUGUUUUAUUGUUAUGUGUGCAUGUCAGCGUUAGUAUCAAAUCGACGUAGCAAGUAGUCAAUUAGUUCGUUGAUGCAUAAUUUCCAAUAUUUUAAUCUUCACCUAUUUAAAGCUCUGUGUUAUUCGCCACCAAAAAGCAAUAUAACGCAACGAAAAAAUAAAGUAAUAAAUAUUUAUUAA